AUGCCCUCACUACGAGACAUCUUGCACAAACGCGAAGACCUCACCGAGAAGUCCUCCGCACCAACAACCAACCCGCAAAAUCCCCCAUCAUCCCCGCCACCACCCGAGAUCACCUUUCUACGCUCCGACACCUUCGGCCAAGAAGUAAUCACCCCUCCAGCACACCCACACGACGAACACACGCCCAACUCACUCGCAAGCGCAACUCCCGAGUCCCCGCGUCUCUCCUCCUCCAAUUCCCGCCGCAGCUUCCUCUUUAAGCGCUCCAACUCCUCCCGCUCCCUCUCCAGCCCAUCACCACCCCACCCCCACCGCGAGCGCCGCCUCUCGAACCUUCUCCACCGCCGCAGCCCAAGCAACUCGCAAGAGUCAUCAGCAAAUAUCCCCGAGGGUCUGCCGCAGAUUGAGGACGAGAAGGGGGCGGAUAAACAGGAGCGCGAGGCGCAAUGGGAGAAAAGGGCCACGGUGCUGGUGCAGCGGAAUCCGCACUUUGGCCAGUCGCUUUCGUCGCCACCGCAGUCGGUGGGUGAUUUGUCGUUGCCCGGUGGUGGACAGGGAAGAUCUAGGAGUUCUAGUCAUAGUCGAGUUGGCGAUCAGCAGGAUGAUGUCAAUAUCCAAGAGGCUAUCCGGCUUCAUGAAGCAGGAGAUCUGGAAAGAUCAACUAUGAUGUUUGGCCAACUUGCCGACCCCAAUGGGCAUAACAAUCCGCUUAGCCAGGUUCUCUACGGCUUAGCAUUGAGACACGGCUGGGGCUGUACGAAAGACGAGACACGCGCAGUAGAAUACCUUUCGGCGGCGGCAACAAACUCAGCCGCCGUAGAAUCCGAUGCUCUCCGUGCAGGCAUGAAAAAGGGCGGCGUUGCAAAAGGCGAGCUGGUCCUGGCUAUCUUCGAACUUGCCAAUUGCUUCCGCAUGGGUUGGGGGGUGAAGAAAGACCCUGCUGCUGCGAGGCAAUAUUACGAGACUGCAGCGAACCUAGGUGAUACUGAUGCCAUGGAUCAGGUGGCGUGGUGUUACCUAGAGGGAUUUGGUGGGAAAAAGGAUAAGUUCAAAGCGGCCAAAUACUAUCGACUUGCCGAGGAGAACGGGUGUCCUACCGUUGGGAACUCUUGGAUCUGGAAAGAAAAGUAUAAUCCCAAAUGA